CGGAGUGUGAGGAUUAAUUGAUGUUGAAGGGGGGCUAUGUGGUGGUCCAGGAGAUGUUCUCCUCGUCGAUGAGGUGUGGGAGGGCGCUGAUAAGACUCAGGGGCCUGGUCACAGUCGUAACACCGUGUCUGGGGAGGUCUCUACAUCAUUGGAGUGACACCGUGGCAUUACAACACAUUUUACCGUGCUCUUGGCUGGUUCCAUUCGAUAGUUUUUUUUUCACUGGUUCCUCUGCGGCACGGGUGGUGUCGGGGAAGGUGCACCUGUCGGGAAACCGAGGGACAGCCACAGAUAACCAAAUUCGGGGACGUGCUAACCUUGGUAUCGGCGAGAUUGCCAGGUGCAUGGAGCACAGAUGGCAGGACUCGAGCCGUACACUUUGGAGCUGAUUCUUGUUAAUCCAAAACAUUCCAGUAUUUUAUAUUCGUUGAAACACGUCAGGAGACACGUUGUGAACCAUGAAUGCCUCCGAACACGGGUUUAACCCAGCCUUUAACAUGGCCUCAAUAAGGCAGGCAUUGAAUGAGGCUGUUGAAAGAGUAUCAACAGUGAGAAUGCCAGCACCAACAAGGCUCAGGGAUCUGAUAAGGCAGAUAAGGGCAGCUAGAACUGCUGCUGAAGAACGUACGGUUGUGAAUAAAGAGUGUGCGUACAUCAGAUCGACAUUUAGGGAGGAGGACAGCGUCUGGAGAUGCCGAAAUAUUGCGAAAUUACUGUAUAUUCAUAUGCUGGGUUAUCCAGCACAUUUUGGUCAACUGGAGUGUUUGAAACUCAUAGCCUCACCCAGAUUUACUGACAAACGUAUAGGAUAUCUGGGGGCAAUGUUAUUGCUCGAUGAGAGACAGGAUGUUCAUUUGUUAAUCACCAAUUGCCUGAAACAAGACUUGAAUAAUUCAACUCAAUUUAUAAUUGGCAUAGCUCUAUGUACCCUGGGUGCAAUAGCAUCACCAGAAAUGGCUCGUGAUUUAGCAUCUGAAGUCGAGAGACUCAUGAAAUCACCAAAUGCAUAUAUUCGUAAAAAGGCAGCAUUGUGUGCAUUUAGAAUAAUACGUCGUGUACCAGAACUCAUGGAAAUGUUUCUACCAGCAACUAGGAGCCUACUCUCUGAGAAAAAUCAUGGAGUCCUCAUUACCGGUGUUACGUUAAUUACGGAAAUGUGUGAAAAUAGUGUGGACACUCUCAAUCAUUUUAAGAAGAUUGUUCCGAAUUUGGUGAGAAUCCUGAAGAACUUGAUACUCGCUGGAUAUUCCCCUGAACACGACGUCUCUGGCGUCUCUGAUCCAUUUCUGCAAGUGAAGAUCCUUCGUCUGCUGAGAAUUCUGGGGAGAAACGAUGUCGAUGCUUCUGAAGCAAUGAACGACAUUCUUGCCCAAGUGGCCACCAACACUGAGACAAGUAAAAACGUUGGAAACACUAUUCUUUACGAGACUGUUCUAUCCAUCAUGGACAUCAAGAGUGAAAGUGGCCUCAGGGUUCUAGCUGUCAAUAUUCUUGGACGAUUUUUGCUUAAUAACGAUAAAAAUAUUCGUUAUGUUGCUCUCAAUACACUUUUGAAAACUGUUUACGUAGAUACUUCAGCUGUUCAGAGACAUAGAUCAACAAUUUUGGAAUGUUUGAAAGAUCCAGAUGUAUCGAUAAGAAGACGUGCGAUGGAGUUGAGCUUCGCACUCGUAAAUUCUAACAAUAUCCGAAACAUGAUUAAAGAACUUCUGCUGUUCCUGGAGAAAGCAGAUCCAGAAUUCAAAGCUCAGUGUAGUAGUAACAUUGUAAUGUCUGCUGAGAGAUAUUCGCCGAACAAACGCUGGCACCUGGAGACGCUUUUCAAAGUCCUCGUAGCUGCUGGAAAUUACGUUCGUGACGACGUGGUAGCUUGCACCAUCCAAUUGAUUUCUGAGACCCAGCCUCAACAGGGUUAUGCAGUCAAUGCACUAUGGCAUGCACUUGAACGAGACACAUUCGAUAAACAACCGUUGGCUCAGGUUGCCACGUGGUGCAUCGGGGAGUACGGGGAUCUUUUAUUAUAUAGUCCACCUCCAGAGGAUGUGGAGGCUCCAGUUAAUUUGACAGAGGACGAUGUGAUAGAUGUGUAUCAAAGGCUCCUCUGGAGUCCUCAGAACACCGUGGUCACCAAGCAGUACACUCUGCUAUCUCUGACGAAACUCAGCACAAGAUUCCAACGAGGAAAUGAUAGGACGCCUCGAUUUUACAGGAAAAUACGCCAGAUAAUAGAUACAUUCGGUAGUAAUCUGCACAUUGAGCUGCAGCAGCGAGGAAUCGAGUUCUCUCAAUUAUUCAGGAAAUACGAUCACUUGAGGCCAGCACUGCUGGAAAGAAUGCCCCCAAUGGAGACAGCUAGACCCCAGGCGAAUGGUAUAAUUGGACUUGUGAAUGGAGAACAAGACAUCGAGGAGGACAAACCUGUCGAGACAGCUACCACUCCUGCUAGUGACUCCAGUGCACUUCUGGAUCUUCUUGGAUCGUCGGAAUUGUCUGUACCAGCUUUGGUAACGUCUCCCGGGGCUGUGAAUAAUUCAACCGCUGGAAAUAAUGACCUCCUGGACUUGCUUGGGGGCCUGGAUCUCUCGCCGCCUGCUGGGACCACGGGAAAUGGAAUUGAAGAGGUGGUAAGUCCUCUGGGAGUCAUGGGAGGCAAUGAAGGAAUUUUUAGCCCAACUUCCACCGGCAAUUUCUUGGUUGAUGGAUUACUUACUGCUCCUAUUCAAAAUGAAGUGCCAAGUGUAUCAGUUUUGGAUAAAGCUGGACUGAAAAUCAACUUCAAAAUGGAACGACCACUGGAUACACCUGAUCUUCUCGUUAUCAACAUGACUGCAGGCAAUUCAACAGGAAUUCCACUUACUGAUUUUCGAUUUGAAGCUGCAGUCCCUCGAACAUUCCAAUUGCAAAUGCUGCCACCCUCGAGCACUGUCAUCUCACCCUCUGGACAAGUCACUCAAGUCCUAAAGGUCUCAAAUAUGAAUUCGGGAAAUCUACGAAUGCGUCUUCGCAUUUCGUACACCGGUGAUUCGGGCCCAGUUCUCGAGCAGACGGAGGUUAACAACUUCCCAACCAUUGGAUCCCAGUGACAUAUUACCGCUGAUAAUUUUGUAAAUACGCCUGCUUGAAUCAACCCCAUCCCACAAACUCCACUACCAUCAAGAGUAUCAGAGACAGAGGAGUCAGGUGUUAUUAAUCGUGCUCUUCAUUAAAAAACACGGAAUAUUACUCUGGAGGGUGGUUUCGUUACACUCGAUCCUCGAAAACAAAAUCGUAGGAACAGUCAUAUAUUCGUAAAUCAAUUAGUAAUUCAAUUUCGUUAAGAACUCCAAGUCUGUCAGGUUUAGAAAAAAAUGUAAAAAAAUAUUUUGUGUUGAGUUCCACCACUUCAUUUCAAAUUUAAUCAAUUUCUUCUGAAUUGAAAAAAGCAGGAUAAUAUCUGAGUAAAAAUCGCCCUCCAGGUAUCGUUUUUUUUCUACUUUGCUUGUAAUUAACAAAAAAAAGCUCUGUAUAUAUUAGGUAGCUUGUUUCUAACCUGAAGAUUCAGCAAACACAUGAAAGAAAACAUAAUUUUCAGAUGAAAAUAACGAUAAACUCAAUUAUUCUAUGAUGUAUUACUUAGCCAACAUAAGUUUUCUAUGUUUAACCGCCAACAGAGGAGCUGAAACAUUUUUAAAUUGAAUUUUACAACCAGAGAACUAAAUGUUGAAUUUACUCGAUAUGUUUCCCAAGUUUUUUCCUGCCAAAUAAUCAAUCAAACUCUACGUACUUAAUUCUUUUCGACUCCUAUUUGCUGGUUUUUUUUCACAGUAUGAAAUCCCCUCCGUCCUUGUAAAUGAAAAAUGAAUGUAAUUAUGAAUAAACAUCAAUUCUCUGGUAAUUUCUAAUGAAUUUUAUAAAUUAUUGAGGUAACGUGAAAUUGCUCCAUUAUUGUUUCACCACUAUUUUAGUUUUAUAAUUGAAUAAUAACGUCAGUUUAAAUACUUUUCUUUAUAUAAUAUUAUGUAUGAAGAAGAUAUUAUUGUAAGGAAAUGAUGGAUAAUGGAUGAAAAUGGUAUGAAUAGUUGAUGAAAAAGGAAAAAAUGUAUAUAAUUUCUAGUGAAUCAAGGUGUGAAAAUAAAAUGUAUUUUUAUUCCACAAAUUUA